AGUUGAUGCACGUGUUAUAAAAUAAAAUACAAAACGAAAAUUAAUUUAAAAGUCUUCAAAUUGUGUUUUAAAUAAUUCUGCAAAAUGGGUAAAUUAAAUGUUACCAUCCUACGUUAUUUAACGAGAGAAGAUUUUCGUGUUUUAACUGCUGUUGAAAUGGGUAUGAAAAAUCAUGAACUGGUACCCGGUGCUUUGGUAGCCUCUAUAGCUAAUAUUAAAUCUGGUGGUGUGCAUAAGCUGCUAAAAGAAUUGUGCAAGCACAAAUUGUUGACCUAUGAAAGAGGCAAAAAGUUUGAUGGCUAUCGCCUUACCAAUACUGGCUAUGACUAUUUGGCUUUAAAGUCCUUAACCCUACGUGGAUCUGUAUCCUCAUUUGGCAAUCAAAUUGGUGUUGGCAAAGAAUCUAAUAUUUAUGUGGUGGCUGAUGAAGAUGAAAAUCCCAUUUGUUUGAAAUUACAUCGUUUGGGACGUACUUGUUUCCGUAACAUUAAGUCCAAACGUGAUUAUCACGGACGCAGACAUAAAGCAUCCUGGUUGUAUUUGUCUCGUAUUUCGGCCACUAGAGAAUUUGCCUAUAUGUCUGCUUUGUAUGAGAGAGGUUUUCCAGUGCCCAAACCAAUUGAUUUUAAUCGUCAUUGUGUUUUGAUGGAAUUGGUUAAUGGUUGGCCUAUGACUAAUAUUCAAGAGCUCGGAGAUCCUGAUCAAGUUUACGAUGAUCUAAUGAAUUUAAUUGUACGCUUGGGCAAUUCGGGUGUUAUACAUGGCGAUUUCAAUGAAUUCAAUCUAAUGUUAGGCGAUGAUGGUAAACCAGUGUUGAUAGAUUUCCCUCAAAUGAUGUCAACAUCUCAUGAAAAUGCUGAAUUUUUCUUCGACCGCGACGUUCAGUGCGUGAGAGAACUCUUCCGUCGCAAAUAUAAUUAUGAAAGUGGAGAAUAUCCUAAAUUCACAGAUAUCACUAGAGAUGAUAAUUUAGAUACUGAAGUCCAUUGUACCGGCUAUGGUUUUACCAAAGAAAUGGAAAACGAUUUACUUAAGGAAUAUGGUAUGAUUGAAGAAUCUGAUGAAGAGGAAGAUGAAUUAAACGAUGAUGUUCCAGAAUUGGUUGAACCCAAUAAAGACGACAUUAACGAAUACCGCCAACAGCUAGAGAACGAAAUUAGUUUCAGUGAAUUGAAAUCUUCAAAAACCGGCGAUGAUUCCAUAAGACGUUAUAUUGAAUCAUGCUCACAGUACUUGGGUAAUAUUAAAAUAGGUCCAGAAGUAGAAAUACCAGCUGGUAUUCCCAAGCCAGAAGAGGUUCAAGCUAAACUAACAGCUGAAGAAUUGAAUUCAAAACACCUAGAAAUCGACAAUACUAUCAGUGAAAAUGAAACAACAGUUGAAAAUAAUGAAGAAACUUCAUCUAAUCACGCCAAUAAAGAUGAUUCUGAUGCUCAAUCGCUAAGUUCCAACGAUUUAGAAACUGAUAACGUGCCCGAGUUGGCAAAUGUUGAUCCCAAUUCUCGUAUGUAUCGUUUGAAAAUGGUUGAAAAGCUACUGAACGAUGCCCGCUCCCAACGUUCUUAUUCGACUACAGCCAGUACAAUAGCACCAUCUGUUGUAACAGAUCGCAUCAAACGUAAUUUGGAUAAGAAGGAGAAAAUUGAUAUGCGCAAACGUUGUGUAGCCAAAGGUGAGGCGAGUGCUGUGCACCGUCAUCGUAAAGAGAAUAAGGACGUUGUUAAAGAAUAUGCCGGUUGGGAUUUUUAAAAUAUUUAGUUUAAGCAUAUAAAUUUAAACGAGAAUUAAAUGUGUAUUAAUUCUUUUGUAUAAUGUAUUUGUAGUAAUUUUUAAUGUAUUUUUUUUAAACAAAAAAUAAUUCUCUUUAUGGAUUUUGUUUUUACACUUAACAAAAUAAAAUAAAUUUUUUUUAGCAAAAGUUAAAAAA